GCACGACUGCUGCUGGUUCUGGCAGAAGGCACCACCGACACAUCGUCGGAGGCAUCUCGAGAAGACCGGCCCCUUCCUCGACCUCUCGCUCUACGGCUUACAAUUACGCCCUUGAAGGGGUCAUGAGCAUGUCGGCAGCCAAGGGAACCCCCGAGCCGGGCCCCGCUUGGCUGGUGGAAGAGCGCGAUGCCUGCGGGGUGGGCUUCAUCGCCAAUCCGAAGCCGGAGCACAAGGUGGUCGAGCUCGGCCUCGCGGCGCUGGGUUGUAUGGAGCACAGGGGUGCCUGCCUCGCGGACAACGUAUCCGGGGACGGGUCGGGCAUCAUGACGUCGGUGCCGUGGGCUCUCCUCGAGCGCGAGUACUCCGACAUGGGGGUGGAGACGGACUCCCUGCCCCCCCGCGACCAGCGGGCGGUAGGCAUGCUGUUCCUUCCGCAGGCCGAGGACGCCGCUGCCGAGUGCCGCUCAGUGGUCGAAAAGAUCAUGACCCAGGCCGGGCUGGAGUUUCACGGGUGGCGGUCGGUGCCCGUUGACCCGUCGUCCCUCGGCCAGCAGAGCAGGGACAACCAGCCCAACAUUCAGCAGUUCAUGGUGAGCAGCGAGAAGAUCUCCGGAGAUGCCCUCGAGCGUGAGAUGUACCUGCUGCGGCGCAUGGCGGCGAAACUUCUCGUGGACCGUGGCUUUGACUGGCAAUCGGACAUGUACAUCUGCUCGCUCAGCUCUCGCACGAUCGUGUACAAGGGCAUGACAAACGCCAACGCCUUGGGCAUGUUCUACAAGGACCUCAAGGACCCGGAUUACGCAACCACCUUCUGCGUGUAUCACCGGAGGUUCAGCACGAACACCAUGCCCAAGUGGCCUCUCGCCCAGCCGAUGCGCAUGCUGGGGCACAACGGAGAGAUCAACACGCUCCUGGGAAACAUUAACUGGGUGAGGGCACGCGAGGGGGGGCUCGACACGUCUUGCGAGUUCGAUCCUGAGGGGGAUACGCAGAACUUUAUCAACAACUGCGACAUCCAAGACGACGAGACCUUCGAGGCACUCGUGGACAACGGCAAGUCUGACUCGGCCAACCUGGACGCGGUCGUCGAGCUGCUGGUGCAGUCCACCAAGUCGCCCAUGGAGGCCCUGAUGAUCAUGGUGCCGGAGGCCUUCCGGUCCCAGCCUGCGCUCAACAGCAGGCCGGAGGUGAAGGACUUCUACCGGUUCUGGGAGGGGCACCAGGAGGCGUGGGACGGGCCGGCGCUUCUGGUGUGGAGCGACGGGAAGCGCGUGGGGGCCUGCCUCGACCGCAAUGGGCUUCGCCCCGCCCGUUACAUGACCCUCAAGGACGGGACGGUGCUCAUGAUGAGCGAGACUGGCGUUGUCCCUGUCGACGAGGCUGAGGUUACGAGCAAGGGGCGUCUAGGCCCCGGCCAGAUGAUCGCGUGCGACCUCGUCAAUGGUGGUUUCGCGGACAACUGGUCUAUCAAGCAGAAGGUGGCGGCGGGCCGGCCGUACGGGGACUGGCUUGCGCAGUACAGCAAGGUAAAGUCGGAGGGGGGGCUCUAUAGUGCGGGUUGUGUAGUGGGGGUGACCUGUAAAGUCCUGGUGAAUUGGCUGGCACACAUGGAAUAA